CGCGAGCAACAUUAUCAGCAACGGUCCUCUAGAGACAUGAGGAACGUUUCAGCUCGUUAGGGCCAAAGUAAAUAACAGACGGAUAAACGGAGGCCACAGGAGCGUCUGGAUUACGCUUCAGACACUUUGAUCCCAGCCGGUUCAUAGAUGAGCAACAGCAAUUUUUAUUGAUGAGGUCCAGUCCACUGAUGAAAGAGGAGUGACCACUUCAUCCUCCUCCUGCUGCACUCUUGACCUGAGGCGUCCCUUCUGUCGCCUCACUUUGACACCAUUUCCUCCCUUAGUCGGUCCCUGGAAGUGUUUCAAAACUGUUUCUCCAACGCUUUUUCCAGAAACUCAGACUGUUUUCUAAAGCAGAAGCAGCACAGCCCUCCCAGACUGAGGUGAUGGGAAGUGUGCGAGCCAGCCGUUACAGCACAGUGUCAUCAGAAGAGGACAGCAUGAAGCUCGCCACCACGGGGGUACCAAAUGGCUACGGCAACGGCAAGGCAAAGGUGCACACGAGGCACCAGCCGCAUAGCCGUUUUGUGAAGAAAGAUGGUCACUGCAACGUGCAGUUCAUCAACGUGAGCGAGAAAGGUCAGCGCUACUUGGCUGACAUUUUCACUACCUGUGUGGACAUCCGCUGGAGGUGGAUGUUCAUCAUCUUCUGUCUCGCCUUCCUACUAUCAUGGUUGUUCUUUGGGUGCAUCUUCUGGCUGGUGGCCAUCUUUCACGGGGACUUGGAAAGUGGUAGCAAGAAGUGCAUCUCCAAUGUGAGCAGCUUCACUGCUGCCUUUCUUUUCUCUAUCGAGACUCAAACCACCAUUGGCUAUGGCUACAGAUAUGUGACAGAGGAAUGCCCUGUUGCAGUCUUUAUGGUGGUUUUUCAAAGCAUUGUUGGGUGCAUCAUUGAUGCUUUUAUCAUUGGUGCUGUCAUGGCAAAAAUGGCCAAACCCAAAAAGAGAAACGAAACUCUGGUGUUUAGCCAUAAUGCCACAGUAGCCAUAAGGGACAACAAGCUCUGCCUGAUGUGGCGUGUGGGCAACCUACGAAAGAGCCACCUUGUUGAGGCUCAUGUUCGAGCUCAGCUUCUAAAAUCCAGAACGACAGCCGAGGGGGAGUAUAUCCCUCUUGACCAAAUGGACAUAGAUGUGGGCUUCGACAGUGGAGUUGAUCGAAUCUUUCUGGUCACCCCGAUCACCAUUGUCCAUGAGAUCAAUGAGGACAGCCCCUUUUACAACAUGAGCAAGCAAGACCUGGAGAACUCAGAGUUUGAAAUUGUGGUGAUCCUAGAGGGUAUGGUGGAGGCAACGGCAAUGACCACUCAAUGCCGCAGUUCCUAUGUUGCAAACGAGAUCCUCUGGGGCCACCGCUUCGAGCCUGUCCUCUUUGAAGAAAAGAACUACUACAAGGUGGACUACUCUCGCUUCCACAAGACGUACGAAGUGCUAAACACACCCCUAUGCAGUGCCAGAGACUUGGCAGAGAAAAAAUACAUCCUGUCUAGCCCUAAUUCCUUCUGCUAUGAAAAUGAGAUGGCACUGGACAAAAAGGAGGACACAGAUGAGGGGAAUGGGGGCAGCGUUGGUCCCGAUGGCACACAGACAGACAGCAUCUCAGAGACAGAACACAGCCAAGCCAUGGUGCCGCUGGAGCCGCGGUCCUUGAGGCGAGAAUCAGAAAUAUAACGACUCAGAUUUUUCAUGAGCAAUUAAGAGAUUGAAAUCCCCUAUCUGCUCUGAAAGCUUGACAUGUCGUGUCAGGAACAAGGGGAAGUCAAGCGGUACAGCUGGUAAAAGCCGGAAAAGGUUCAAGACUCUAAGGCUCUGUCUUAAGUUUGACCGCACACAAUAUGAUGAAAUGCAGCACUAAGAAGGUGCUCAUUGCAAAACUUAUUCUCCUCCAAGAACUCCCCACUCUCUGCACUAAGUCUGCAAAGAGGAAGAGUUGUUGUAAUGACCUAAGAAGUAAAAAAGAAGGACCCCACAAAAGAACAAGGCGCUUUUUAAGUUUUCUUCUCAUUUUUUAAGUGCUGCUACAGAUUAGAGAACUUAGACACUUGUGUCUCUUUAAUUUUGACGCUAUUACCUAAAUCCAAAGAGCAGAGACAGUUGGAACAAAGAAGGUACAAAGCAUAGCAUUUGUUCAUGAGCUGGCCUCAGAGCAAGGAGAUAUCACAGAUUAGUCUCUGUAUGCAAUAAAAAAAAAUAAAAAA